UAAACGUUUCGAGUUCUAACUUAAAAAUUUGAAUAUUUUUGCUAUUAAUGAAUGAACGUAUUGGAAUUGCAUCACCAUUACAUAAUAAUUUAUUUAAUUUCUUGCAGUAAUAUCUAAUAAAGGAUCGAUGGGGAGACCGCCAUGCUGCGAUAAAUCAAAUGUAAAACGAGGACUUUGGACAGCAGAAGAAGAUGCUAAAAUACUUGCUUAUGUUUCUAAUUUUGGCAUUGGCAACUGGACUUUGGUUCCUAAAAAAGCAGUAAAUGCAGGACUGAACAGAUGUGGAAAGAGUUGUAGGCUAAGAUGGACUAAUUACUUGAGGCCUGAUUUAAACCAUGAUCAUUUCACUCCUCAUGAAGAAGACCUUAUUAUUAACCUCCAUAAAGCUAUAGGGAGCAGGUGGUCCUUGAUAGCCAAGCAACUUCCAGGAAGAACAGACAAUGAUGUGAAGAAUUACUGGAACACUAAACUCAGAAAAAAACUUUCCAAAUUAGGAAUUGAUCCUGUUACUCAUAAACCCUUCUCUCAAAUCCUUUCCGAUUAUGGAAACAUCAGUAAAUCCCCACUCAACAAAUCAUCCUUAAACAACAACAACAACCUCAUAAUCUCCAAACUUCCAGAACCUUCUUCUUCUCCUGUCUUAACAAACCCUAAUUCGGAGCAAGUUCAAGAUAAUCAUCAUCAUCAUGCAUGGGAUUUUGAGUUUAUUACACCACAGUUUACUCAUAAUCAGUUCACUAACCAAGACAUAAUCAUGCACUCUCAUUUCUUUAAUGAAGUCGCGUCUUCUUCUUCGUCUUCCUCGUCUUCCACUCCGAAAGGUUAUUCGGCCUGUCAGCAGCAAUCGCAGCCUCCUCCUCCGUGUUUAUGGAGUGAUUAUCUUGUUAGUACUGAUCCGCCAUUGAUGUCUGCAGAUUUUCAGCAAGAUCGUGAGGCGAAAAAGAGUGAAAUAUUAUCACAUGAAGGUGUUGGAGUGUAUGAUUAUGGAGGAACGAUAAUUCAAGAAAAUACAGGAUGGUCUGCAAGUUCUUUUGUGGAUUGUAUUCUUGAUAAGGACAGGGAAAUGCGUUCCGAAUUUCCGGAAAUUUUGGAUUCUGCAUUUGAUUACUAAGAAAUUUAAUUACUAGUUGUUCUUGAUGUAGCAGACUUUUAUUACAAUUUAUGUUUUGGUUUGAAGACAUAUAAUAUUAUGUCAAGCAUUUGCUUUACCUUAUUAAGAUUAUUAUGGUAUAAGCGCUAAGUACGUGGGUUCAAUUCCCCCCGUAAGCGCUCCCUUUUUCUAAUUAUCAGAGUAAAUAUAAACAAGUGUGAAAUAAAAUUAGAAGGAAGGGU